AUGCCUGGUUUCGACUUCUCCAACCAUACUCGCAAUGCUGCGUUACACGCCAGAGGUGUUCCAUUGCCAAAAGCUACAAGCACCGGAACUACGAUCGUAGGAUGUAUCUUUGAUGGAGGUGUAGUUAUCGCAGCAGAUACCAGAGCUACCAGCGGACCCAUAGUAGCAGACAAGAAUUGCGAGAAACUCCAUUACAUUGCCCCUCAAAUCUGGUGUGCAGGUGCAGGUACAGCUGCCGAUACCGAAUUCACAACUGCCCUCAUCUCUUCACAACUCGAGCUCCACUCGUUAUCAACAGGUCGCAAACCUCGAGUCGUCACUUGCAUGACUAUGCUUAAACAACACUUGUUCAGACACCAAGGACACAUUGGAGCAUAUCUUGUAGUGGCAGGUGUCGAUCCUACAGGUGUUGGAUUGUUCACAGUACAUGCGCACGGAAGUACAGACAAGUUGCCAUAUGUUACCAUGGGAAGUGGUUCACUUGCUGCGAUGUCUGUGUUUGAGACACAAUGGAAAUCCAAGAUGACAGAAGAUGAGGCUGUCCAGUUGGCAUCAAAUGCUAUUCAAGCUGGUAUCUUUAACGAUUUGGGUUCCGGAUCGAACGUGGAUGUGGCAAUUAUCACAAAAGAUAAGACAACAUUGAAGAGAGGUUUCGUCAAGCCAAAUGAGAGAAGCAAGAAGCAAAAGAGUUAUGUUUUCCCUAGAGGAACAACGGCUGUUCUCAACGAAAAGAUCAUUACGAGGGAGGAGAUCAGUAAAUAUGUUACAGUACAUGAGGUUGAAGGCGAGGCUGCGCUAGGGGAGAAAAUGGACAUUGAUGCUUGA